AGUGUUGGAGUCCCGUCAGCCUACAGCUAGUUGGAAAAUUCUAGAUCCUCGAAUGCCAAGACUAUUUGAUGCGAAAAAAGCGAAAAAAAGAGCGUAGCUUUAUGUUCUGAAGGUACUUUGCGAGAAAAGAAAAAAAAAAGUUAGUCAAGAUGGUCGCCACCAAACACCGAAUUGCGUCUCGAUUUGAAAAGUCCAACAAUCUAGACGAUUGGAUCCGUAAGAUAAAGAACAAAAAGUUCAUGGUUAAGCGUGAAACUCGCGGACAGGACUUGCGAGUGCUGGCCAUGCUCACGGAAGCACUUUCUCACGCCGAAGAAUGUCAACGGCGUGAGAAAAUUCGCAAGCAGGAAGAUAGAGCCAUUAAGUGGGCCCGGAUUCGUUCCAGACUCGCGGAACCGCCGCGGAUGUACUGUGACCUGGAGGAGGAGGAAGAAGAAGAGAAAUCGCGUAACGCGUCUGACACCAUCUGGAGUGAAGAUUUUAACGGAAUCAAUAAUUUCAUAAUGGAACUGAGUACUAUCAAGACCCCCAUUAGCCGAUAGACACUAGACUUCUAUUUCCCCAAAGUGUUCGCGAUAGGGAACAUUAUCGAUCUCAUCGAUGAGUGCAAUUAAUUCAAAAACUCACUUGGCGUCACUUCGUUGCGACGUUGAUAAUACGUUUUGAUUGCCGAAAAGAAGUUGUGGAAACAUUUCUUCUAUCGGUCGCCAUUUUGAAAACUGAAAAUUUUCAUCAUGUUCGGUCAUGCUCGUACACUAGCGCACUUACGAACACAAAGCCACAGUCACGAGUAGUAGCAAUCAGGAAGAAUGCGCUGGCAUCAAUGCCAUUGCUAUAUUCGAACUAGGCAACCUGUCGUGACUGUGCUUCGGCCUGUGUGUGUGUGUGCGUGUGAGCGAGCGUUACUCUCAAGGGGAAUCUUGCUUGUUCAUUCGUGCACUUUCCCUUCUCGAUGGAUGACGACGACGACGAACGGGGUUCGAGUGCAAUGUUUCCUAAUCGCCUUGGGUUCUCCCCACCCGUCGUCCAGUAAUUACCUUACUGAUCGAAAAGCGAGUACGCGCGUAGCGACGCGACGCCACAGUGAGAGGGGGCAACAAAAAGUCUUUGUUUGAAAGUAGUUUUUUUUCCUUCUUUUGGAGGAAAAUUCCACCCAUGCAAUCAGCGACGAGAGUUGCGAAGGCUGAGACAAACUUGUGAUGAAAUAAUCGAAUUAAAGAUGUAUAUUUUUGUAAAAUGAUUUGUACAAAGCUAUUUUUUCCUCCGGCGUGUGGCGUUAGUCAGGUUAGGGCGAUUAGUCAGCGUUUGUUCGUUGCGAGCGAGUUUUUGAAGGACAGAACAGACAGAAAUAAAAAAAAUAAGAUCAGCAGGCCCCGACAUAACGAGAUUAGAAAUGUAAUCACGCGAUUCCAAAUCAUUGUAAGACAAUUUCGGUAGAGGAUCUCUAGGGUUAGGGCAGUUUUUUUUUGCAAUCUGCACAUAAACAAUGUAUUAGAAGUAAACAGAAAAAAAUGAAGAAAAUCAAAAAACUCAACCAACCAUUAAAUAAAUAGCGCCUACUGUAAGCAGUGUCAUUUAA